AUGGCAUCCGUCCAGAAAUGGAGCCGAAUCGCUCUCCGAUACGCCCAAGCCGCACUCACCAUCCACAUCUUCCAGAAAUACAUCGGCGGCGUCGGCAGUACAGUGGGAAUCUCGAUGAUACCCACGAUACCCCCAGAGUACUUCGGAUAUCCAUACAUACUCUACUCGUCUCUGCAUCGUCGCGGCCGGGGCGUCAAAGUCGGCGACGUAAUCACAUACACACACCCACUCUUCCCUAAACAGUCGGGAUGUAAGCGCAUCAUCGGCAUGCCGGGCGAUUUUGUGUCCGUAAUCACGCCGUGUCGGCUGGAUGACGAUGUUGAGGCGGAAGAUGUGGAUGGGAAAUGGGCGCGAGUGACAGAGCAGGUUAUACAAGUACCCGAGGGGCAUUGCUGGGUUGCGGGAGAUAAUCUGGAGUGGAGUAGGGAUAGCAGGCUGUAUGGGCCGUUGCCGUUGGGAUUGGUACGAUCGAAGGUGUUGGCUGUGGUUAAGCCGUUUAAGGAUGCGAAGUGGUUGGGCGCAGAGCACAAUGUCAAGGAUGCACAAGAGAAGGAACAUGAUUGGGUGAUUAGUUGA